GGCACUUGUGUGAACGUUGGCUGCAUUCCUAAAAAGCUUAUGCAUCAAGCAGCUCUUUUAGGGAGUGCUCUGAAAGAUUCCCAACAUUAUGGCUGGAAUAUAUCCCACCCUGUUCACCAUGACUGGUCUGUGAUGGCUGAAGCCAUUCAAAAUUAUGUCAAAUCCUUGAACUGGGGACACAGAGUGCAGCUACAGGACAAAAAAGUGAAGUAUUUCAACCUCACAGGCAGUUUGAUGGAUGCACACACAGUCCGUGGUUUGACAAAUGCAGGUAAAGAGAUUAUCAUUACUGCAGAAAACAUCGUCAUUGCCACUGGAGGGAGGCCAAAAUAUCCUGCACAUAUUGCAGGUGCAUUGGAAUAUGGAAUUACAAGUGAUGAUAUAUUCUGGUUGAAAGAAUCUCCUGGAAAAACGUUGGUGGUUGGAGCCAGCUAUGUGUCCCUUGAGUGUGCCGGUUUUCUCACAGGCAUUGGACAGGAUACCACGGUCAUGGUCAGAAGUAUCCCACUUCGAGGGUUUGAUCAGCAAAUGUCCUUCUUAGUAACCGAUUACAUGGAAUCGUGUGGUACAAGAUUUUUAAAGAAAUGCACCCCAAGUAAAGUUGAAAAGCUGAAGAGCGGCAAACUGCAAGUUACCUGGAAAUAUACUGACUCAGGCGAAGAAGAAAUGGAUGACUUUGACACAGUGAUGUGGGCAGUAGGCCGAGCACCUGACACUAAAACUCUGAAUUUGGAGACAAUUGGGGUGAAAAUUAACUCUGAAACUGGAAAGAUCAUUGUUGAUGCCAGCGAAGCUACUUCUGUUCCUCACAUUUAUGCAAUUGGAGACAUAACAGAGGGGCGCCCUGAACUGACCCCUACGGCGAUAGCUGCAGGAAAGCUGCUGGCUCAACGUCUGUUUGGCCAGUCUUCAGAACUGAUGGAUUAUGACAAUGUACCCACUACAGUUUUCACUCCUCUGGAAUACGGUUGUGUAGGACUGUCAGAAGAAAAGGCAGUGGAACAUUAUGGACUGGAUAACAUAGAGGUAUACCAUGCAUAUUAUAAACCUUUGGAAUUUACAGUGGCUGAAAGAGAUGCAGCUCAGUGUUACAUAAAAAUGGUAUGCCUGCGGAAAAAAGAGCAGCGGAUCCUUGGCCUUCAUUUCAUUGGACCAAAUGCAGGUGAAGUGAUUCAAGGAUUUGCUCUUGGAAUAAACAUAAAUGAAAAGCAGAAAGGACCAAGGCAGCAGGACCACAAGUAUCAUGUGAGGAAUAUCUUGGAAAUCGUUGACUGCCGUAUACCCCAAAUGUGGGGCUACGUAUGCGCAGAUGAUGAAGACAGUUGGCAUUCACCCUACCUGUGCUGA